UGAAAAGAGCAGACAAAGGCUUUGAGCCCAGGACGCCGCUCUCUCUCCCUCACUCUGCCCACAAAGCACUGCCCCUCUCCGCGCUCCGCACACAGCGCAGCUCCGCCAUGGAAACGUCCGCACGCAGCGCGCACUGAGACGCCCGGUUUGUUCCACUUUGUUUUUGUGAAAUGUACGACCGUCUGGACCCUCGCGCGGCCGGCAGAGGAGCGCCUUCCCCGGGCAGAAGACGAGGAAGCGUCGUGUGAGAGAGGGCGCGAGGGGACGGGCUGUUUCCCUCCUCUCCUCCUCCUGCCCCGGCCCCCUCUGUUCCUCUUUUUGGCGGAGAGAGAGAGAGGGGUAAAGACACACACAGGAAUAAACGCUUUUUUGGAGAUUUUGGCUUCUUUUUACGCAUCUGAGUCCUGCUGCGCCACCACAGCGGAUCACGUGGGACUGAGAGUUGGAUCGAUUGUGCACAGUUCAGUGAGAGACAAACUCCUCCGGUUUACUUGUGUGGAUAAGUGGGACUGUUGCUACUUUUUGCAAUACUGCAAGUGGAGCUAGUGUGACUUUUUCUGGCCUGGGUGAGUGGAGUAUUAACUUCUUUUAUGCCUGGGGUUUAAAAAACAAUGGAGACGCACAUUUCGUGCCUCUUCCCAGAAAUUUUGGCCAUGAUUUUCAGCUAUCUGGAUGUGAGGGACAAAGGCAGGGUGGCCCAGGUCUGUAUCGCUUGGAGGGACGCGUCCUACCACAAGUCUGUGUGGAGGGGGGUGGAGGCCAAGCUGCACCUCCGCAGAGCCAACCCGUCUCUGUUCCCCAGCCUCCAGGCCCGGGGCAUCCGCAGGGUUCAGAUCCUGUCUCUGCGCCGCAGCCUGAGCUACGUGAUCCAGGGAAUGCCCAACAUCGAGUCCUUGAACCUGUCCGGCUGCUACAACCUGACGGACAACGGGCUGGGCCACGCGUUCGUGCAGGAGAUCCCCUCUCUGCGCGUGCUCAACCUCAGCCUGUGUAAACAGAUCACAGACUCCAGUCUGGGGCGCAUCGCUCAGUACCUCAAGAACCUGGAGGUCCUGGAGCUGGGCGGCUGCAGUAACAUCACAAACACAGGGCUCCUUCUGGUGGCCUGGGGGCUGCACAGACUCAAGAGUUUAAACCUGCGCUCCUGUCGACAUGUGUCUGACGUGGGCAUCGGGCACUUAGCGGGCAUGACCCGCAGCGCUGCAGAGGGAUGUCUGAACCUGGAGUUCCUCAUUCUGCAGGACUGUCAGAAGCUCACAGACCUGUCCCUCAAACACAUCUCCAAAGGUCUGGCCAAGCUGCGCGUGCUCAACCUGAGCUUCUGCGGGGGCAUCUCGGACGCCGGCAUGCUGCACCUGUCGCACAUGACGUCUCUGUGGAGGCUGAACCUGCGCUCCUGCGAUAACAUCAGUGACACUGGCGCUAUGCACCUGGCCAUGGGCACGCUCAGGCUCUCCGGGCUGGACGUGUCCUUCUGUGAUAAGAUCGGGGACCAGACGCUGGCGUACAUCGCGCAGGGACUGUACCAGCUCAAGUCCCUGUCACUCUGCUCCUGUCACAUCUCCGAUGACGGCAUAAACCGAAUGGUGCGACAGAUGCACGAGCUCAGGACUCUGAACAUCGGGCAGUGCGUGCGCAUCACGGACAAAGGCCUGGAGCUGAUCGCAGACCACCUGACCCAGCUGGUGGGCAUCGAUCUGUACGGCUGCACCAAGAUCACCAAGAGAGGCCUGGAGAGGAUCACCCAGCUGCCCUGCCUCAAGGUGCUCAACCUGGGGCUGUGGCAGAUGACGGAGAGCGAGAAGGUCAGGUGAUGGGCCGCACCUCUGGGCCGGUUUGUUUUGGACAGUGGACACUUGGGGGACAGUGGGGGACUUUAUAUUUGAACAGAGCUUCGUUCCUCCUGCUCUUAUCAAAGGUGUGUAUCUCCAGUGACCACACUGAUCUGAUCUGUGUUUGAUUUGGCCUUUAAAACUGUAGCAUUUCAGACAUGUGCUAGAGCAGUUCAGUCUCACCUUCUAUCCACUUUUAACAGUUUUCAUCUCGCGUUCAGUUUUAAUAUCUUACUUAUGAUUUAAUUUUUAACCGUUUUGUGAAGAAACUGCGUCAUGCCUCUUCAGAAACUCACAUUUCUCUGCAGUCGGCAUGUAUUAAAUCGUUCUAUUUCGUUUUAUUUCCCAUCAAAGUGAGAUUUUAAAACUAGCCUGAGCCCGUUUUGGUAUCAGAGUUUGUAGACAUGACUCGCUUCAGUGCAGCCAUCACGCCUAUGACAUUUUGGCUACCUCGUGUGCGUUUUCGGAAGGGUGAAUACUGUUUUAAAAAAGCAGAGCGUGAAUGAAAUAAGAGAAAUGUGCCUAUAGGCCUGUGUCUGACCCUCCCCCACUCGCCCACCCCGUCCAGGACGCCUAACUACCUUUGUUAAUUUACCCAGUACAACUCACAGCUACUGCAGCGAGAAGGCAACAGGGCCGUCCAACUUCAAGAGCGAAAAGCAAAAUACGAAAACGUCAUCCAUUUUCAAACCCCGACUUUUAUCGCCCCUUAACUUUCAAUACCUCCAGCUUAAAUCUAGUUUUUAAUAAUAGCUUGGGUUCACGAGAAUGGGAUUUUUAAGUCGCCAAAACCGAACAGGUGGAACGAUUUGGACGACAAAAACUAAAAUUUUGUCAAAGUAAGAAGGUUGAUUUGCGUAAAAAAGUAAAAUUGUCUACCUUUUUGUACUUGAAAUAAGAAAAUACGCCUAAAAAUACAAGAUAAAACACUUUGUACUUCACUGUAAAUCAUUUGUUGUUUGAAUUAAGAAAAAAAUACUGAAUCUAGUAGUAGAUAAUUUUACUUGUCAAGCGAAAUCUACUUUAAUCAAGCUCAAAAAUAUUCUUAAUUUGAGUAAGUGAAAGUGUAAUUUAUUCAGAUAUUACCUUUCGUAGUGUGCGUUUUUUAUUUUUAUUGCCACAAACUCAGAUUGCAGAUGUUUUGACCUGAUUUACGGUGAAUAUUUUCACAAUUUCAGAGUUCAUGUAGAUGAAAUUCCAAACCGAUCUUACCUGUUUCUCUCCGUGAUUAGUUAAAAUAAUCGAAACACGUUUUCACAUCGGCUUCUGUCGUAUCAGUAAAUAUCGAAAGAGGCAGUUUUGGAGCAAAUCCAAAAGAAUCGGAUCUCGUAAAAGAGCCGAAAGUGGCGUUUUUGUCGAUUGUAAGAUUAAAAAGGCAAGUUUGUAGUUGAAUUUCAAGCAUAUUUUCGAUUUGGCUGUUGGUAAAUCUAUAUAAAAAAUGUCCGUAGUUGUAUUAGUUAUAAUCUGAAGUUGAAAUAAUAACAUUUUCGUGAACACAACCUAUGAUAUCGAUGAAUCGGCAGUGUGGUGCUUUCGCUAUAGGGGGGCUGUUAAUGCACAGAGUGUCCUACUUCAAAUUGAAGUGUUCUUAUAGAUAUUAAUUCCCUUUAUGACUGAAUGCGAUCAGGGUUUUCAUUGUUUAAUUUUAUAUCCGCCACGUUUCAACACCCGCAAAUUCACACGUUAAGAGACGACGUAAAAACAGGGAGGGACACAAAGCCCGUCUAAACCCGGCUAUCUCGACCCUACGGAACAGAAAUACCAGAAAUCGAUCAUUUUUCCUCGUUUUUUUUUUUUUUUUUUUUCUUCUUCUUCCUCCUCAGCUCGGUGUCAAGUUACAAGCCGUCUCCUCCGUCUAUCCCUCCUUCUCUCUCCCUCCUUCUUCUUCUUCUUCUUUUUUCACACAUGCAACUCACGUGCACGACACAGGCUCCCAUCGGUGUGUGUGUACGUGCGCGCGUCUCGGUGUAAUGCAAUGACCUGCUAUGAAUUCAUAUCGGGGUGAGUGUCCUGCUGAAGUGUGCGUGCGUGCGUGUUUUUCCGUGCGUGUGGGCGUGCAAAUAACGGAAAAUCUGUUGUGUAUAUUACGUGUUUGUAAAGAAGAAUAAUGCAAUGCCCAAAUUAAAUGCUUUUAUAUUCUUACGGUUAAAACAAUUAAAGAUAUUUAUAUAAUGAAAGAAA